AAGGAGGAGUCUUCCUGUUUUUACAGACAGAAGCAGCAGCGCGAUCAGUUAGUUCUUCUUUAUCAGAGUUUAUGCAUUUGUUUCUUUUCCAGUGUACAGAGGAAGAAAAUCUACUAGAAAACUUUCAGCCUUUUGUCAUCCAAAGUCAACUCAUUUGUUCAAGCGCUUCAUCAUGAACGUCUCUCAGACAAUGGAGACAGAGGAGGAUCUCCUGCCUUGCCUCCUGAUCAAAGUUUACCACCCUCAGCAGAGUUGUAGGCCACUGUAUGGUUUACUCCCCGUUGGCAACAGGAGAAGACACUCAGCCGACGACCCCUUCAGGCUGGGCCGUGACGCCCAGUCCUGCACCUACUCCCUGGUCGACCCCCGGGUGUCCCGUAAACAGCUGUCCCUCCACGCCUACCGCACGCCCCAGAGCCCGGACAUGCUGUUCACCAUCCAGAAUCUGAGCCAGAGGGGACAGCUGCGGGUGAACAGUUCAGCGCUGGGGUACUUGGAGAGGAUGGAUCUCCCAGACAAGGCUCUGAUCCGGUUCGGGGAGUACGAGAUGGUGAUCACCAGGGAGUCUGGUGAGGCCAAAGCAAACUUCGAGGUGGAGUUUGAGGUGAUGACCGUGCCUCCGUCCAGGGAGAUGUGCAUGUGGGAGCCCAGUGGGACACCUGUGGCGGACACGGGCUCUCGUGUGAUGACCAGUUACCCACUUGAACUCAGAGCUGUCGGCCCGCUGGAGACUGAUGAGACUGUCAUGUGCUAUUCAUGAUGAACCAUCUCAGAUGAUCUAUUUUAAGACUUUUUUUUAACUUUCUUACUGAGCUUAAAGGCCAAGCAAAUUGCUGUCGUUACAUUGUAAUUCAACCAGGUUUGGAUGACACCCCUCUUUGUACUGUGAAAUCAUAGUAUUAUUUUGCACCUAUCUCAUCUCCAGAUUAAAAAGCUGUGAUCUUACUGUAAUUACACUUAAAGUGCAAAUGUCAUGAAGCUAUAUUUUGAGCAUUAAACUGUUUUUCUGUACCAUAUUUUUGUGCACGUUGUUGUUAAAUAUUGUUGAUCUGACAAGCAUUUAAGGAAACUGUAAUUUAUCGCACUUGUUUAUUGACCUCAAAGCUGUGUUGGACUACAAUCCAAUGCUGUGGAAACAGGUUUUUCUUGAUGUACUUGAGAUAACAGUAACCAUUAAUCUUGUACUCAGGUUACAAACUGAAACAAACUUGGCCUCAGCGCAGCAAAUUCCUGCAAAACAGCAGUUUCACCCACUGGUGGACGGAGUAAAGUACUAUGAACUAACAAGUGUUCAUCAUGUAUAAUUCAGUUUAACAUUAUUUUAUACUAUACUGACUGAGUGUAACUGCUCACCACUUUAAAUCAUAGAGAAAAAGAGGUCUAUUUUCUUCUGAAAUAUAAACUUGUAGGGGUGUAAUGUAGCUUGCAAUCAAAAUAAAAUACACAUAUUCACAUUA